AUGGCAUCAUCUGCUCCCUCCUCCUCCCUCCUCCUCCUCCUCCUCCUCCUCAUUGUGCUCUUGGCCGCCGCCGCCACUGCCUCCUCCCCCAACCGCAACGGCUACGUGCACCUGCGCUUCUACAACCACGAGAGGAUCCUCGGCUCCGGACCCAACGCAACCGUCGUCUACUCAGUCCACCGCACCAGCUCCUCCUCCGUCUCCGGAUUCGGCAACGUCUACGUCUACGACAACCUUCUCCGAGCCGGGGUCGAGACCGACUCGCCUAUUAUCGGUCGGAAUCAGGGCAUGGGAGUCGGGUCGAGCAUGGCUGAGAACUCUGGCCUCACCAACUUCCAGCUGGUUUUCACCGCCGGCGAGUACAACGGCAGCUCUCUCGCCCUGCAGGGACUGUUCCCGGUGGCCCCGCUGGGGACCUUGUUCGAACGGGCCAUCACCGGCGGCACCGGAAAAUUCCGGUUGGCCAGAGGCUACCUCCUGACCUCUGAAGUUCAUGCGACGAACACAACCCUCACCGGACAACUCGACGCUUACAUCAGCUUCCGUUGA